AUGGAGGACGUUUCCCCUUUCCUUUGCCCACCAGAGGAGAAUAAAAAUCCAAAGUGGGACGAAAUAGAGGGCGGAUUAACAAUUUCUGCAAAAACGGAAGUUCAAAUUAGCUCUCUUCGCAAGCUUAUUCAAUAUUCAGUUUCUGGAGAAAAAAUUCCAGAAGCUGCUCUCAUGGGAGUUAUCACAAAUCUUUCAGCAUCCAAAAACCACGACGUUAAGAAACUACUUUACUUAUUCUACGAAAUCUGCGAGACACGUGAUAGAAAAGGCAAUCUUAAGCCAGAAUUUCGCCUCAUUUGUGAUGGUAUUAGAAAAGAUUUAACACAUCCAAACGAAUAUAUUCGCGCUGCAGCUCUUAGAUUCAUGUCCAGAUUCCAUGAAAAAGAAUUAAUUAAUACACUUGUUCCUUUUGUCACCAAAUCUCUUGACCAUCAUAAUGCAUACGUAAGGCGUCAUGCUGUCGUUGCAAUUGGCCGAAUUCAUCAACGCUGGCCCGAAAUCGCACCAGAUGCACAAGAAGACAUUGCAGAACUCCUCAAGACAGAGAAAGAUCCUGCAUGCAUGCGUGUAUCUUUCCUUGUCUUAUGCGACAUUUCUCGUGAUCUUGCAGCUACUUUUCUCAAUGAAAUUCUUGACGAAUCAGUAUUACAUCUUUCGCAGCCAAUGCAACUUACAGCUGUUACUCUCAUCAAGAGCCUUUGCAAUGACUCACGUAAAGGCGCUUAUCUCCCUGCUCUUAUCGAACUUCUCGAUUCCCCAUCAACAGCUGUAAAAAUCGAAGCAGCAAUUACACUUCUCAAUUUAUCUACAUCAGCUACAGCUUCUCAAACAAGCUUCUCUGUUCUUUGCCAGAUUAUGCAGACAAUUCCUAACUCUACAUUGCAGCUUAGCCUUGCAGAACAGAUCGAGCGCCUCAUCCCAGCCCAUCCAAGCAUCGCUCAGCUCAUGGUUGGUGAACUUAUCGUUGCAAUGAAGUCAAAAGGCAUCAGAGCAACAGUUCUCAACAUGAUAAAGAAACUUACGAACGCUACGAACGUAAAAACUAUCGUUCAAGGCCUCAUCAACCACUACAAAACUCAAGAAUUAUUACGUCAGAAGGAAAACGAAGCCAAAGACGCUUACGAGUUCAUGGCUCUCAUUCUCACUACAUUACGUUCGAUCUCAUCUACUUAUCCUGCAACUUUAAGCAUGAUUUACGAUGCAGUUAAAACAACAUUGAUAGAAAACAACUUGGCGAUAUCAUACGAGUCAUUAAUGCUUGUUAGAGAUUACAUGUUCGCUAAUCCUGAUCAGGCUGACCGUGUUUGUAUCCAAAUAGAAAAUAUCUUACCGUUUGUACAGAGUCCUCGUAUACUUAGAGGCCUUUCUUAUCUUAUAUCCCUAUCAACAACGCGUCCAGAAUCAGCUGAAGCUAUUAUUGGAGCUUACUUUGCAAGAGAAAAGGCAGCAUUAGACCCAGAAACGGAGCAAUCAGCACCACAAACAUCUACAAUGAUUGGAUCUGAUGGAACAUACGUAACCGUUGAACAGUCGGCCGCUCCUUCCAAAUCUGGUUCAAAGCAUUUAAUUUGGUUCGAAAAGGGCAUUAAUAUCUUUGUUGGUGCUUCACUUGCUAUGGUAUUGGCUAGAAUAUGCAUCAGAUUCCCAGAUCAAGCUCCAAUUGAGAAAUGUCUCGGAUUUAUUGAGUCAAUUUUACUCAGAAAGAACGCAGUAACACAAGAAAAGCACUUACUUCUUGCCCAUGCUGCUAUUUUCCACCGCAAUGAUCCAGAAUACAAGAUUGCUCUCCUCGAUAACGUCAAGCAUGCUUUCGCAGACAUAAUCGACAACGACAAGAAGGAGUUCGAAGAUAAGUCACCGAAAGCAAACCAGAAAAUCUUCACUUCACCUGACCAAAGAUUAUCUUUCAGUUCACUUCUCGGUCGCAAAUUUGACCAGGCAGGUCCUGCAGCUGCAAAUGCCAAGAAUGCUUCAUUAAAGAUCCAAGAAGAGACACAAGAAGAAAAAUCGAAGAAAUCAUUGGUUGUUUUGUCCGGAACAUGCGAUCCAAUCUUCUCCGAAUGCACUAUGAAGCCAGGCAAGUUCGAUAUUUUGCUCGAAAUCAAUCUCCUCAACCAGACAUUAUCCAAUUUAUUAAAUGUCAAAGUUGAGUUGUAUUGCAGUGGCAAACUUGAGCUUGUUGAUAAACCAAGUACAAUCACAUUGCCAGCCCAGCAAUCCGAUCAAAUUAUUUGCUCGAUCAAAGCUACAUCAGCCGAAGCCGGCAGAAUUUACGGCAACAUCCUCUAUGAUAUCGAAAAUGUUGAAGAACGUCAGUUAAUUCCACUCUCACCGAUCACAAUUACUCCAGAUAACUACAUGAUACCACUUAAGGUCGAUUCCAUCAAGUACAGAGAGAAAUGGGAGAUGUUUGAGUGGGAAAAGAAGAUAACGAUCAGUUCAACAUUGUCAAUUAAAGAGAUCAUUACAAGAUAUCAAGAGAAAGGAAAGAUGCAUCUAAUGAACGAGUUCGAUGAUAAUGCUUCUUGGGCAACAGUUAAUUUGUGCGCAACUUCGAUGUUUGAUGAAGACGUUUUACUCAAUAUCUCUCUCGAAAAGACAGAUAACGGAACUACUGAAGGAUACAUGAGAUUGAGAUGCGCUUCACAGCCAAUGGCUAUUGCAUUCUCAAGAUUAUUAAUGUCAAUUAACUUGAAUCAAUAA